UCUGCACAAGGUCGGGUAGUGCCCGGUCUUCUUGAAUCAUUUGACUCAUCAGUGUUAAGAAAGACAUGGAGUGUAUAAUAGGGAUCAAAAUGAACGAUUUUGUGUUACUGGCAGCAGACAUGCGAUGUGCCCACUCAAUUCUUACCAUUAAACACGAUGAGAGCAAGAUGUUCAAGUUUAGUAAACGAGUGCUUGCUGCUGUAUGCGGUGAAUCUGGUGACACUUCGCAGUUUUCCGAGUUCAUUCAACAAAACAUGCAGCUAUAUGAAAUAAGAAAUGGAUAUGAGUUAACUCCCAGUGCAGCUGCUAAUUUUACCAGGAACAAUAUGGCAGAAUCCCUGCGUAGUCGAUCUCCAUACUUUGUCAAUUUGCUUAUAGCUGGCUUCGACCUUCAGACUGGCCCUGAGCUAUAUUUUUUGGAUUAUUUGGCGUCUCUAAUUAAGGUACCUUUCGCAGUGCAUGGAUACGGAGCUCUUGUUGCUUUGAGUAUCUUAGACCGUAUGCACCGUCCAGAUAUGACUGUAAAUGAAGCUGUUGCACUGUUGCGUUUGUGUAUUCAGGAAGUUCAAAAACGUCUAGUUAUAAAUCUUGAUCGAUACAUGGUCCGUAUUGUUACUAAAGAUGGCAUCGAGGAGCUACCCGACCUGACUGAUUUUGCUGUAAAAGAAUAAAUUUUAUAAAAUAAAUUCUCCAUACCUUGUAGAACUAUCGUUUCUUUGUCUGGUAGUUAAAAAUAAUCAAGUUGGAUUCGUGUCAUGUGAUUAAGCAUCGUUGUAUUAGGUUUUAUUACUUUAUACUAAAUCUUCAAAAGGUUAUGGGUCUACAGCGUUGCCUUCGUGAUUUUUAGCUAAUAUAUUGCCCGCGAAAAUUGUGCAACUUUAUUUCGUUGGAUUUCAUCAAUCAACAAAGUACAUAAACUAUUGUAACCUAUGGAUCACUAGAUUAAGAAACUACCAAUAAGAUCAUUUAGACAAAUGUAUGCCUGCUUUUACCAGACAACCCGAAUGAGAUGUCAACAUAAGACAUCUGUUUCUCAAAGAAGUAGUAAAAAACAUAGAUAAUUUAAAGGGAGAGAGCAGCAUGUCCUGAUGGAUUAAACCCUAAGGUUUCUAAGGGUGGUGGUCCACACCUAGCAGCUAGAUUGACCGAUAUAUUAACCGAAGUUUGCGGAUUGGACGUAGUUCCUCGUGACCGGUCUCGAUCUCUAGUCGCUCCAUUCUAUGAAGAAGGACAAAAGUCCUCUUAUAGAUAUCAAAGAAGAGUCGGUUCGGCUAACAUAGCUUCCGAAAUAUUAGCCUUAAUAAUACUACGACACUCAACUAGUGCUCGUUGAAAGCAAACCCAAGAUAACUAGGCUUGUUUGAGAGUCGAGUGUAAAUGUAUAGACUAAAUAUCAAUCCUUCACUAGGUUUUGAAACGUGAGCAUACUUUUUGACGUCCAACUACAGUUACAUUUUCAGUAUGAGAUUGUGGAGAUUGUCGAAUUUCAGUUAAAUCAUGAAUCGAUCUAAUUUAAACAGCUAAUGAAAAUCUGGAUUCAUUGAACGGUGUUUUCAUCCUACCAUGUGACUCAUCGUAACGGUUACACGAUCCUUUGGUAGGGACUCGAAUUCAGGACCUUCAGUCUCGCGCGUGAACGCUUAACUUCCAGACCACUGAGCCGGCAUCCAAUACUGUUGAUGUACUUGAACUUGAGGUGGCGUUCGAUUUUGUCGAUUGUGAGGUUCUGUAGCAGUCUGUCAUUAAAAUGCGCACCAAAGAAGUACAUUAACCUUAUACAGGCCCCCUACUCGAAUCAAAGCUUAUGAUGAUCUGUCAUCAUUAUUUUUAACCGAAAGUGGUGUUCGUCAGGGCUGUCUAAUU